UGUAUACUAUGCACUUCUUUAACUGGACAGGAAGUUGUUUGGGGGCGGUUUUCAUUUAUUAUCUCUCUUGGUCUAGUCUGUUGGCCUUGUACUGUUGAAUGUAAAAUAAUCUGCCUGGUCUAGAUCUAGUGAACGUCAAAAUGACAAUCUUCAAUUUCUAUUUGUUUGACCGUCACGGAACUUGUUUGUACUAUGCGGAGUGGAACAGAAAGAAGCAGUUGACGAUGAGCAAGGAGGAGGAGUUCAAACUGAUGUAUGGAAUGAUCUUCUCUAUCAAGUCAUUUGCAUCAAGACUGUCCCCUACAGAUAUGAAGGAAGGGUUUCUCAAUUUCACCACAAGCAAGUACAAGCUGCACUUUUUUGAGACACCAAGUGGACUCAAAUUUAUAAUGAACACAGAUCUCAGUGUUGGGAACAUGAAGGAUGUUUUACAUCAAAUAUUUAGCUCUCUGUAUGUGGAGUAUGUUGUGAAGAACCCUCUGUGUGAACUGGACCAGCCUGUGACAAGCGAACUCUUCAAGACCAAACUGGAUGAGUACAUUCGGGGACUGCCGCAGUUCCCAAUCAAAGCCACAUCAUGAUCUCAGUCUGUGAGGGAAAUGGGAUUGGGGGAGAUGGGAUAUGGGUAAAAGGAAACGGUAGAAGAUGUGCUCACUAAAGGAAUCUCGAUGGCAUAUAUAAAAAUCGCAUUCUCUAUCGAACUGAUUGUAAAAUGCCAUGUCUCUGAUGUUCCCUCUUUGAUUUUUGAACGUACAUGACAAAAUAUGAACUAAAAUUAGAAAAACAAUUCUGGAUUAACAUAAUUUUUAACAGUAAUAUAUGACAAUGUAGAUUAACAUCUCUUGUGCAAAUGUUCAUAAAGGCUUUGACACUUAAAGUGCUGCCCGCCCAAAAUCUAUGCCUAUUAUAUAAUAAUUAAAGAUAAGUCUGAACCAGCACUUUUCAACACUUAUUUCGGACAGUCACAGUGAAGAGAAGUGUUCUUACAUCUGUUGUUGCAUUUUUAGUUCUGAUCCUGUAUCUUGUUUCUGUUGUUGGAACCUAAAUGUAUUAGUUUUUCUGCACAUAGUGCUAAUAUAUAAUUAAUAGAAACAGCUGUCACUGAUAAAUGCUUGUCACUUUUUUUCACACCUCAAAAAACUGAACUCAUCAUCAUGAAGACUUUCAAGCAAAUUCUUCACUUUGUUGAAGAAUGUCAGAAAAUUGCUUAAAAUAACAGGUUGUCUGAAGGCGUAAGAAGUUUGCUUUGAUGAUUCAUUUUUAUUCAGGUAAAUCUUUAUCGUAAAGUUAAUCAUGUCUAUCAAACAAGAGGUUUGACUCCCAGGAGCACUCUGUACUGCCCCUGUCUCAUUGCUGAAGUAUAAUAAAGGAAUUGGGAAAAGAAUUUUUGUUAAUAUCUUGUUCAGAUUGUCAUGUAUCCAAACUGCUCCAGGCCAAGUCAUUGUUAAUGAUGUAAAUGACGUUUCAAAUAGGAAAAA